AUGUUUGAUGAUAUAUUGUGUCCGGAAGAUCGGGACACUGCGUCGACGUCUAUCUCCAACGGUGAUCGGCAGCGGUUCGAUAGCAGUCGGGCUGUGGCAGAGGUACGCUGGACAACUACUGCGCCCCCGGCGUCCGAGCGGUCGGAAUCGCCUUCCCGGUCAACUCCCAUGCCGCAGAUGCAGCACCCACCUAACGGAUUGCGCAUCCGGCGGAUACGCUUCGGUGAGUACGACAUCGAGACGUGGUACGAUGCGCCGUUCCCCGAGGAGUACGCGAACAUCCCAGACGGGCGCCUGUGGUUAUGCGAGUUUUGCUUGAAGUAUAUGAAGAGCGAAUUUAUAUCGAGGCGGCAUCAGUUGAAGUGCAAGAUGAGACACCCGCCCGGCGACGAGAUAUACCGCGACAACGCAAUAUCAAUAUUCGAGGUCGACGGGCGCAAAAACAAGAUCUACUGUCAGAAUCUGUGCCUGCUUUCGAAGAUGUUCCUGGACCACAAGUCCCUGUUCUACGACGUCGAGCCCUUCCUUUUUUACGUGAUCACCCAAUUUGACAGCCUGGGUGCUCGGUUCGUCGGAUAUUUCAGUAAGGAAAAGCGCAGUCCCAAAGACUACAACGUCAGUUGCAUCAUGACCUUACCCGUGCGACAGCGCCAGGGUUGGGGACAACUGCUCAUUGACUUCAGCUAUCUAUUGUCAAAGAAGGAGCAGAGGUCGGGUUCGCCUGAGAAGCCGCUCUCUCCAUUGGGUGCAUUGGGCUACAAGAGCUAUUGGACUUUUGCACUUAUGCGAUAUUUCCGGACAGCACCACAGAAUCCUCGUCUGGAAGGUCAGCCACUUUUCGCUGGCACGAAACAACCCCCCAUUGAUUAUUUUCGUCGGUCGAAGUAG